GUCUUCCCUGAGCCGCCGUAUCAAUGAUAAACACUGACAAGCAGCUGUUCCUUUAGUGUUAUGUUACACAGAGCUCACGUGUAAGAUUUUACACCGUGUAGUAUAACCGAGAGUUGUACAAGAGACUAAUUCGUGUCAGUAACUACACAAUGGAGCCUGUUAUACAGAUAAAACCUGGUAAGUGACAUGCUGUCGACAUUAUUUCCGUCUUUUAAAAUAACUGUCGAUGCAUGCUAAUAUGGAGUUAGAGGUUUGGCUAGGUCUGCUGCAUCGUGUUGCUCCAGUUGUGUUACAUUUCUCUGUGUGUGUGUCUUUUAGGGGCAACGAAAUGGGACAUUCGGCAGAAAGUUUGGGACUACAUUGAAGAAAAAAAUCUGGCCAACUUUCCAAGGCCUGUCCACAACAGGAUCCCAAAUUUCAAGGCAGGUCUAGAAAGGAGCAGAUCAUCGUUAACACAGGCUUGCUAUGGAGCUUUUACUAAAAAUGGCACACCGGCCAAUAAGCUGAUAACUCUGUAUUACUGGAUAUUACCGUGGUAUUGAUGUCGAGAGUUUUGGUGACUGCUUAAGCUCUGAGUUGUAAAGCUCCUUUCAUUCAUUCAAGUUUUACUUACUUCGACUUGUAACAUGACUCUGCACAGGGGCCACGUGUUCUCAGGAUAAUCAGAGUAAAGUUAAUAUACUAAAGUUAAUGUAAAAUCAAUAAAAGUUUAACACAAGGGGCUUUACACGAAGAUACAAACUGGAAAACCAGGCUCAAAAUGUUCAAUAUAUGAGAAAUCUAUAUUUAGACCUUUCGUGUAGAACCACACAUAUAGGGUUAUAAAUAGCUCUGUAAAAGUUUCAAAGACUCCAUAGUAAACAGUUGAAUGGUGUAGUUCUGCAGUUCACCCAAGUAUGAGUUAUUCAAAUUCAACUUUAUUUAUAUGGCACUUUUCAUACAAAAAAAAAUGCAAUACAAAGUGCCUCACAGAGGCUAAAAACAACAAUAAUGACAAUAAAACCCACCCUCCCAUCCACACACACACCCAUGAACCCACAUGCAUUCACCCACGCAUACACACACAACUGCACACAGUGUGAGAAUUUAAGAUAUAUUGCUAGAGAGACAUGGCCUGACACCGAGACAUCACGCGAAGAAAGAGCAAAAGAGUAAAAGAGUAAAACCUGAUGGACUAAAACAAGAAAAUAAUAUUAAAUGAACAGAUAAGUAAAAGCUCUUUACCAUAUAAAGAGGGGGUUAAAGAAGUAAAACACCUGUGACGGGAAUUAAGAAAAAGAUUCAGAACCGAGAUAAUUAAUGGAAUGACAUAAGAUAAACAUUAAGAACUUCAAUUAAAAUGAACAUUUGCAAUAAGAGAAAUAUAAAAAGGAAAUUAGUAAAAAACCUGGUUAAAAAAGUGAGUCUUGAGCCUCUUCUUAAAAACAUCAACAGUCUCUGCGGCCCUGAGGCUCUCCGACAGGCUGUUCCACAACCGGGGACCAUAAAAACUGAAAGCCGCCUCCCUGUGUGUUUUAGUUUUGACUUUGGGUAAGGUUAAAAGGCCUGUGCCGGAGGACCUCAGGGUCCGCGAGGGUUGAUAUGAUAAAAGUAAGUCAGAUAAAUAGGAGGGGCCAAGACCAUUAAUACCUCUAAAAACUAAUAAAAGAACCUUGAAUCAAUCUUGAAACGGACGGGGGAGCCAAUGCAGCAAUGCUAAAACUGCCAUUAUAUGCUCUUGCCCUCUGGCUCUUGUCAGCACUCUUGCAGCUGAAGUGUCUGUAAGUUCUUCUUUGGGAGGCCAGAGAGCAGGGCAUUACAAUAAUCUGAACGAGAGGAGAUAAAAGCAUGCAUCAGCACCUCUGUGCUUUAUUUAUUUAUCAAGUUUCUGAAUCAACACAAUAAGACAGUACUUACACACUGAAUUUGCUGCAAAGUAUGCAGAUGUUUAAUAACUGCAGAUAGCAUUUCAGGUCAUCAGGUUUGUGAAAUAAAUCAUACAUGUUGUUCCUUGAUUUUUAAUAAUUAACCACUGUCUGUGCAUUUAUGUGUCUCCUUUACUGUGCACUAACUGGCCAGGGUGCAACCCAAGCAUGCAACAAACUUGCAGACCUGCAGGAGUUCAAGUCCAGCCAGACAGUCAAAGUUAACCCAGACAGACCACAGCAGCAAGCACGCUUUGUCACUCUGGAAGUAAGUUGAUUAUUUUAGCCCUUAUACAUUUCUCUCUUUUCACGCAGGGGGCUUUCACAGCCUGCAGCAAAGUGUCUGAGCUGCAGGUGUUCAGCAAGACGAGUGAGGUGAAGGUGGAUCCUGAUAAACCUUUGGAGGGCGCCAGGAUGGCAGUGCUUCAGGUAGCGCUGUACUGCAGAGAAAGGCAGAAAUUAAAAGCAAAGAAGCAUUUGCUGCAGAAACUUAUUCUUAACUGUCUGAUGUGAUAUAUAACUACAUCAGUUUGACCCACUCAUAGCAUUUUGAGACAGAGUUAUCUUGAAAAUUAUUUAGGAAAACAAAUCUGUUAUUUGGAUCCAGUUUAAAGAUACUGAAUGAGUUUGUAAGAUUUUGUAUUACAUUCCCAUUUCAGUGCUUUCUCUUUUCAGUCAGUUUUAUGGCAUAGAAAUUGCAUACAUAAUUAAAUGUAUGUGGGUUGACAUUUUGUAUAAUCCUCACAGGCUCAGAAAACUCUUUUGGUCCCGACUCCUCGUCUUCGAACAGGUCUUUUCAAUAAGAUCACGCCUCCUCAGGGUGCCACCAAAGAACAACUACGCAUUUGUGCCUCUGCUCAGGUUCCAACUUGUUUAUUGCACAUAUUCCAUCAAAGUUAUACCUGGUUGUUGAUAGACAUUUAACUUUUUCUUUUUGCACUAUGAACCUCUCUCUCUCUCUCUCAGGGUGUGAAGGACUUCAGUGUGCCUGUUGGCCUGGAUGCAAAGGUGAAGGUUGACCUUGUGGUGGUUGGCUCUGUGGCUGUUUCAGAGACAGGUAACAACUGCUAAUUAUUAGUCACCCUAAUUUAAAGAGAUACUGAGAGCUAGAGAUGGGCAAAUGAAGCCUUAUAAAGCUCUGAGGCUGUCCUUUAGUUCAUGGCAAAAAAGAUUCAAAACUUUGACGCUUCAAUCUCAGUAAACACAGAGAUGUCUGAUGGUUUGUGAAACCAAUAAUAAUUUCUAAUAAAUAAAAGUUUAAGGAGUCUGCACAUUAUAAAAGACACUAUCUGUAUAUCCACAUACCCUUGUUCAGAAGUUGUACUGCAAUCAGUGUUUAUCCACUAACUAUGUGUUGUCACAUUGUGUUGUUACUCUGGUAUUUAAAACACAAUUUCACAUGUUUUGUAGUUAAAAGACAAGUUUACUUUUGUUCUAAUUUUGAUCAGUCACACAUUUUACAUUUGAGACUUUCUAAACCAUCCAUUUAUAUUAACAGUUUUUGAAGCACCUGGGACAUUUGGAGCUUCAAACACAACCAGUCUAGUGAGAUAUUUUAAAACCUUUAGACUGAAGCUCACUGUAUGGUUUACUGUUGUAAUAUAAGAUUUGAAGCUUUAGUUUCAUACACCCAUCGUAACUGAGAGCUUAAAGAUAUGCAGAGAGCCCCGUAAAAGAUGGCCUAAUAUAAUCUUUCAGAAAUGUAGUAAAGCAAUGGAGCUGCCAGUCUCAAGUUCUGCCAGAGUCUAAAACAUUUAAUUUACAAUCUUUUGAUACGCCGCCUUAUUGGUUCUGCACGAUAGUUGAGGCUGUUGUGAUGCCUUCGUUGUCGCUGAAGAAUGCACAAUCUAAUUUUAAGUUAAAGUUGUAAGAUUAGACAAGCAGCAAGCAAGCAUCCCAAUUAAAUGUACUUACAUAUCUGUGUUUAGCAGUGUAAAAUCACAGCAUUUAGUGGCAGUAAAAUUUGACAGUGUUGACAAAGACUCACGUUACACACAAAUCUCUCAGAACCGUGAAGGUUGUAUCCUAUUAGGUGCUUUGUGAAUAACCACAGACUAAAAUGAUGUGUCUUGAAAACCUCUUUUUAUUGAUAGAUAUUAAACUGUGAUCACUGCACGCAUCUCUACCACACCAAGGCACCAUGACACUGUGUCAGAGAAAUCUAAAGAAGCAGAGAAAUAAAAAUGGGGGCACAUGUGCGCAAUCAGAUUGGUUUUGCUGCAUGUGGGUUCUGUCGUGCUCCACCAAUACGAAUUGGCUCGUGGCUCGUAAUGCAUUUGAUCCUUAUGGUCAGAUAAGUGAUUCAGAACUGCAUUGAAAUAGACUUGUUUACAGUAAUGCGUACAUUUCCAAAAGACUCCAACUGAAUAAAACCACAUGGUUCUUAUAAAGUGUUGCUCUUGGUCCAUCUUUGUUCCCAUCAGUCUACAUUUCACUGAGCUGCCUGUUUAAUUGAAAAAACAUGAAGAAAGUGUAUCACCGAAGACUUGGAGUUCACAUAAUGCAGAACCCUCCCAAAAAGACUCGUAGCCCCUGUCUUCUUUUGCAGGCGUGCGGAUUGGGAAAGGAGAGGGGUUUGCUGACAUGGAGUACGGCAUGAUGGUCUCAAUGGGAGCUGUGAAUGAGUCUACUGUGGUGGUCGCCAUUGUUCAUGACUGCCAGGUUAGUUAAUUCAUGGCAUACGCAUUUUGAACCCAGAGAUCUGAUAUUUUAAGUCCUGGAUAUUUAUUAUUUUCUGUGUGCAUCGCCCGAAUUUAGACUUAUUAUGUCAAACAAAAACCUGAUAAACACCUUAACAUAAAAAAAAACUCUUCAUAUUUCACACUUUUAAAUGACUGCCUUUACAUAAAUAUUUCAACAGAAAUUUCCGUCUUUGUUUAUUCCUGAUGUGCCAUGUAAAUUUCUUAUUUUCUUGAACUCUUUGGUAAAGACCUGACAUUUUGUUGGUUUAUGUUUGCUGUGUCAUUUGUGCCUCAGGUGGUGGACAUUCCUGAGGAGUUAAGAGAAAGCCACGACCUGACUGUGGAUUACAUCCUCACUCCCACCAGAGUCAUUCAGACAAACUGCAAGUUCCCCAAGCCUCAAGGAAUCAUCUGGACUAAGGUGAAGUCACAUAUCUUUACAGGGUACUUCUCACAAUUAUCUACAAUGAGGUUAAAUUUUAGAUUAAUUUAGUCUUUGUUUCAAUUCUAACCAGAUCAGAAUAACAAUAGCUCAAACAGCAACAUUGUCAGUCAGUCAUUAGAAUUUGCAUUGAAUUGUUUCAACACGCUAAAUAUGGACAGAAGUUAAAUUCAGACUGCUUGUACUUGCUAGUGGUAUAACUUAAAACUGGAUCUGAUACCACCAUAAUCUUCAGAUUCUGUGGUUAUACUUAGACAAAAGUGCAUACACUGAGAUAACAUGUGGGAGAUAGUUUAUAUAUUAUUUAUCAUGAACACAAUCCUGCAUAUGUUUUCACAAAGAAAUGUUUUAGUGCCAAACAACCAUUUUAUUUUUGUAUUUUUGUUGAUGGAAAAGUAAUGGUUUAGUUGAAGAGUUCAAAUCUAAUGACCUUUUAGAAACAAAUGCUCUCUCUGGUCAUACAGAGGCUUGUCUCUUUACUUUGCAACAUCGACCUCUGCUGGACAUGUCAUGACACUACAUCUUAUAAGAGCUUUUACGUUUUGCAUUUCUAUACAUUGAAUUACCCUGUGCUGUGAUACUUUUACAUUAUUUAUGUUAUUAACCUACAUUCUUUACUCUCCAUUUUUUUUGUCUGUUGGUGUAAUGUCAUGUAAAUAUACAAGCAUUCAAAUGAAGACACAUGACUUCUAUUUAUAGACUGAAAGUUUAGAGUAAAAGCCAGGUAAAUAAAAGAAUUACCGAACUAUGUUUUUUAUUUUUUUUUUCAAAUGGAUGUUGAUCCGUGUCUGUUUCUGACAUUAGUGUAAAAAGUUGCUGUUUUUUUCCACCUGGUCAUUUUUCUCACAUCAGACCUGAUGGAGGCAUUAUUCUAACAUGUACAGAGUCUGUGUGUAACUCUGGGUUCCUUUAGACUGGCUUGUAAGUAAACAGGACCCAGUGACCUCACUGGCAGGAAGGCCAUGUCUGAUCAUCAAAGGCUCCUCUGCCCAGCCAGCUUGGCUCUGCAGGGGCAGGGGAACGACAGGUCAAACAGGCCAGUGUAAAAACAAUAGCCCGGUAUAUCCUUUACAGGACUGGUCACCAUCAAAGGCUGCCAAGACACUUACGGACCCUACAAAUCAGGAGAGCAGGCUGUAUUUUUAAACUGCUUAGGAAGUGAAAUGUCCUGCUUCUAUAAAGAGAGUUAUUACUUUAGCAUGAGCAGUGGGCAGGAUGGAAUAAUACCAAAUCAUUUGUCUGCUUUGUUAUUGAUUUAACUUGUGUGCUGGCUUGUAGCAGGUCUAUUUAUUUGCUAUGUUGGUACGUCUCUCUUCAUACCGUUACUGAAUUUGUUAAGUCGUGUUUUCAGCUGAAUACAGAAAAGCUGCAGAAGAUCCCCAUCCUGAAGAAGCUGCGUGCUCUGGAGGAACAGGCUGGAAAGGAUGUAACACUGGGGAUUUCACCUGAAGCAGAAGAGCCGGGUCUGCAGACCAGUCAACCCGCAAGACAGACCAGAAGGAGGCCAAGACAGAAUUCUGUGCAGGAUGCAGAGGGAGAACCAAGACAAGAGAGAGGAGCGGCGUCAGAGUAUAAGGCCAGACAGCGGCCCGCUCGAGUGAGGAAAGAAAGCAGAGGGGAUGCAGGUAAAGAGGGAGAAACCUAUGAGAGACGGAGACGGAGGAGUGGGGGGAACAUGAGGGAGAAAGGCUCAGAGGAGGGAGGAAGUGAAGUCGGUUCCCAGCGAAAGCUCCCUGCGAGUGUGACCACAGUGUACCUCGGGGGAAUACCUGCUGGGCUGCGUGUGAGUGAGCUGAAAACGGCACUCAGAGAGAGGGAGGCAGCCCCGCUGAGGCUCACCUGGCAGGGAGCUCAGCACAGGGCCUUUCUGGACUACAGCGACCCUGAAGCUGCAGAGCAGGCCCUGGAGGCUCUGCAGGGUCUCAACCUGAACGGCAGCAGUCUGCAGGCUGAGCUGGCCAAAAGCCAGAGAGGAGGCAAGAGGUCUGUACAGUCCAACAGGAGACCAAGGCCCUCAGCAGCUCCGAAAUCUAAACCAGCAGGGCCGGAUACCAAGAGUGGAGCCAGUGAGGGGACUGACUCGUAAAAGUUAGAGAUCAAAUGACCUGUGGAGCAAAAUUGAAUGCCUUACAAAGAGUUUAAUUUGUUUUUAAUGUUCCUGAAUUUAUUACAGGUUGCAGUCAGUUGGACAGAGUUAACACGUUUUAAAAAGAAGUGAAUAUUGAAGCUAAAUAAGUUAAAUAAACUUUGAGUAAUUAUGCAGCUUUCUGAACCACAGCAUGAUAAAGCAAUUUCUGAAGUAUCAUGUCAUUAUAGUUACGACUAACACCUCUGUGCCUUAGUUAUUCACACGGUCGAUGUGUCUUCCCUUUAAAGACAAAGACUGUGCAUGGUCUUUCACUAAAAUAUAAUGAGGACUGAAUCCAUUUGCUUUUUAGAUGAACAAUAAGACGGUUGUGUUUUUUGAUCUAGUUUUCUGCUUAGACGAAGUCCACGAGCAAAGCGCUGUGAAGUGGGGUUGUCUGGAACGCCACCAUGUGGUCAUUUAGAGCUCAAAUGAGUCCUGACUGCUACACAGUAGUGCCUCGAGAAAUCUAUUUAACGUUUAUGAGUCCAUAAAGGCCAGUGUUUGACCACACACUUAUAUAUCAUUAAUGUGCUCCAAUCUUUCACCACUCCUUGUAUGAGUUCGUUCUAAUAUUUUUUUUACCCUUAGGGAAUGUGCACAUUUCAUACUUCAAAUAUCUGAACAAAAAAAUGCUAUGGUUUUUGUAGCCUUGGACUUGUUUGCUUUGGUUUUUGCUAGUUUUUUUUUUCUGAAAUGUUAAAAAUACAGUUCAUCGAAAGACAGUAAUAUUUGUACCUCUUUACAAUAACAUAUAACCUUUAAAGGAUUUUGUGUGAUAGACUAGUUUGUGUUUGAAGAGAGUGUGAUUAGGAGACUGGAUACACUACCAUAUCAGAAUAAACUGUUACAGUGUUAAUGCAUCUGUUUGUAAGACUUUACUACAGCCUCUACUAAAGCAUUUGAAUUGA